CUUCCUUAUCCUUUAUAAAAAGGGGGUAAAACAUGGUAUUACCAUUCAUCUCAGCUGGACCAUCAUGUACAAUCGCAACUAGUAUAUAUCAUCAAAUGCCAUGCGUGUGUGCAAGUGUAAGUUGUGCACACACAACAAUAUAGGGCGUGUCUUGUCUUAAGCCAGCACGCAGCUCCGAUGACAAGCUGCUUCAACGGCGGCGCCGGCUGGCCGGAGCCCGUGGUGCGCGUCCAGCAUGUGUCGGACACCUGCGGCGACACGAUCCCCGAGCGGUACGUGAAGCCUCCGUCAGAGCGGCCCUGUCUCUCACCAGCAGCAGCCUCCUCCGGUGGCGUCGGCGGCGGCGGCGGCGGUGGCCCGAACAUCCCAGUCGUAGACCUGUCAAUGCUAGACGUGGACGCGACCUCCCGCGCUGUGGCGGCGGCGUGCCGCGAGUGGGGGUUUUUCCAGGCAGUGAACCACGGCGUCCGGCCGGAGCUGCUGCGCAGCGGGCGCGCGGCGUGGCGUGGCUUCUUCCGGCAGCCCGCGGUGGUGCGCGAGCGUUACGCGAACUCGCCGGCGACGUACGAGGGCUACGGCAGCCGCCUCGGCACCGCCAAGGGCGGCCCCCUCGACUGGGGCGACUACUACUUCCUCCACCUCCUGCCGGCGUCGCUCAAGAGCCACGAAAAGUGGCCUUCCCUCCCUUCCUCUCUACGGGGGACGACGGAGGAGUACGGCGAGGAAGUGCUGCAGCUGUGCCGGAGGGUGAUGCGGCUGCUGUCCAGCGGGCUGGGGCUGGAAGCCGGAAGGCUGCAGGCGGCGUUCGGCGGAGAGGGUGGCGAAGGGGCGUGCCUGCGGGUCAACUUGUACCCGCGGUGCCCGCAGCCAGAGCUGACGCUGGGCGUGGCGGGGCACUCGGACCCCGGCGGCAUGACCAUGCUGCUGGUGGACGACCACGUCAAGGGACUGCAGGUGAGGAGCCCCGACGGGCAGUGGAUCAUCGUCGACCCCGUCCCCGACGCCUUCAUCGUCAACGUCGGCGACCAGAUCCAGGUGCUGAGCAACGCGUCAUACAAGAGCGUGGAGCACCGGGUGACGGUGAGCGCGGCGGAGGACCGGCUGUCUAUGGCUUUCUUCUACAACCCGCGAAGCGACCUGCCCAUCGCGCCGAUGCCGGAGCUGGUGGGGCCCGGCCGCCCGGCGCUGUACCCGGAGAUGACCUUCGACGAGUACCGCGUUUUCAUCCGGCAACGCGGUUUGGCCGGCAAGGCGCAGCUUCAGUCCCUGCAGGCCAAUCAAACCGCCGCCGCCGCCGCCGCCGCCGGCUCGUCGUCCACCUGCAGCUAGCAGCUACUGAGCUAGCUAUAUAUAUAUACGUAUCAUCAUCGGCAAGGCCAGCUGGUUUCAGUUAGCUGUGCUGUGCUUAAUCAUCGAUCGUUGGAUCGAUCGAUCGGUGAAUAAUAAUUUGAUGUUUAAUUUCUACAGAAAUAUAAUGCUGUGGUGUACAUUAUUCAUCCCAUGUAACUGAUCAGCAGUAAAAUGUGCGUACAUACAUAUAGAAGUCAGAAGUGUGUGGAACUCUCUCGUUGCUACUUGGUCUCUUACUCUGGAGUUCAAGAGAGAAGUCAUGUAAACCAGGAUAAUGAUCCAAAUCAAUACUAUACUACAAUGAUCGAUUGUUUUAUUA